AUGGCAAGCGGACAGCCUAAGCCGGCAUGGCUCACCGAUGAGCUCGCAGACGUCGACGAAUGGGUCGAUUGGCAAGAUGAAGAACAGUCUAUCGACUCUGCGCACUCUGGCUCCGACCUCUCCCUCACUCAACCCCUAGGCUCCGUCCUGGUGCGCAACAAUGAUCUUUGCUCGCCGUCCGACGCGUCCAAGUCCGGCGAUUCCGUCGGCACCUUCAUCGUCCGCGAGGAGAUGCCUCAGGCCCCGCUCUUGCCCAAAACCCCGGGCCGCAACAAGAAAGCCCUCGUCAAGGAUUUCUUCAGUCCUCUCGCCCUCGAGAAAAUGUUUGAGCCUCCAUCGCCGCCGCAUCCUUCUUCAUCACUACCCCCACCAUCUCUUCGAGCUACCACUGCCGCCCCCAGCGUGCCCUCGCGCCUUUCCCAAGUCUAUGUUCCUCCAUCUGAUCACUCACUAGCCCAAGCAGACGAAGAGGAAAUGCCGAACUCCAUCGGGAGCAUAUUGAUGAACGAUGGGCUUGAGGCGGAGGGCGCACACGGCCAGUUCACAUUCUCCGUUCCCCGUCCUAGCCCAUUCAAUCCGGCCGGCCCCGUUCCAGAAGCAACGAGUACUCCUGGGCCUGGUGUGGCCGCGCGACAUCUCAACGCUCCGCCUACAGACCCCCGCCUCCGGCUCUUCCAGUUCCAGUAUGACACGUUCACGCGCGACCACCUCUCCGCCAUGGUCGACUCUAUCGCAGUGAACACGCCAUCCGGGGAGGGCAUUGCGGCCACCCAAGGAUCCCGCCAGUCCACACCAUCCGGCCUCUCACCUGUCGCUGAAACCAGCUUCACCCGUCUACGAAGUGCGAAGCGUAUCAAGCUCAGCCCCGCCAGUGACUAUAGCAGCGAGAAGGGAGAUGGUGCCGCAAUCAUUAUCCGCCCUGAGUCGCGUAAAGACUACGUGGGGGAGUCGCGGAACUUAAUGGAGCAGAUCAGGAAGGCCCGCGAUUUCUCUACCGUGUCUACCGUCGCGACAGCAAAGUCACCUGCGGCGGAUCGCCAGGAAUCCCCGGAGGUAGAGGAACAACCUAGAGAAGAGGUCCAGCCGCCUCUAAGACGUCCCUCAUUCCUUACUGUGCCCGACAACGGCUCCAGUAGAGAUCCUUCGCCCGCCGGGACCCUCUCCUCCGGGAAACAGUCGACAUAUUCAUCCCUGGCCUUCCGCCAACAGGCCGCCAGCCUCAUGGCGCAAAUCCGGAGCGACAUGAAGGGCUCCAAGAGGAUCUUCUCCGGAGACACGGAGGCCUCCCAUUUGCGAGGCGAUGACACCACAGAAGCAUCCGCGAUCUCGGCGGAUACCACCGUCCCAUCUCUGCGCACACGCGGAGGCGACUUUGUCAUUCAGAGCCGGCCCCGCCAGCUCUCGAGCUCUCAGGCGCAAAUGCGCCGCACCUCUACCACGGUUAACCGCGUCACAAGCACGUCGCGCGGAAAGCAACGAGAGAGGACUGCAGCGAGUCCGCGCAAGUCGCCACGACAUCAGCGGGUAGCGACAGCAGAGUCCAUCGCGGAUGCUGCGAAAGACCUCGCUGAGGACUUCACCCGUUUGUCUUUCGAGUCCUCACAUGUACUCGGACAGUUCCCUGCGCCACCUGUGCGACUCGUGUCUGCCUCGACGUCCACGGCGCCGCCGUCUCCCAUCAAGGCGAGCCCUGGUUUGCUCGCUCCGCCCUCAGGCGAUGCCCCGGCAUAUCCCACCUCGUCCCUCCGAACAGGACGCAACGCCGAUCUCACACGUUUCGUGUCCUCGAGCACCGCGUCGGGCACCACCGUAACGGUCGGGAGCACCGAGUCAUUCGUCAAGCACGCGGGCCCCAAGCAAAUCACGCACAUCACGCCGAACGACGUGCCCGCCCUCCCGGAGCGCGUAGGCAAGAUGGUAUUCGAUCGCGUGAUGAUGCGCUGGGUGAAAGCUACCGCGCUCGCGACCGGGACGAUGUCUGAGGUAGAGGAGCACGUCACGCAGGAGUACGAGGGGGAUAACAGCGAGGACCCGUUUCGCGACAUCGAGAGCCUGCGCGAGGACGAUUCCGAGGAGCGCGAUGCGGCGGUCGAACCCCAGGGGGAGGAGCAAGAGGAGUCCAUGUUCCUCGAUAACUCGGAGAUGGACAUGGAUAUAGAGAAGAGCCGGUUCGAGGUCCUCGGCGAGUCCGAGGUCGAGGACGCAGAAGAAGCCGAGCUGACGUCGUUCUCGACUGACGGCCCCUCGCAGGAUUACAUCCCGGCGAUGCCUGCGGAGGAUGAAGAGCAGAUGGACGAGUUCUCGGGAUACACGGACGAUACCGUGCCCGACGACGAGGGGGAGGACACGGAGGGUAUGGUGCCGACGGCUACGAUCGACCUGCCGCUGGAGCCUCAGGACACUAGACAGUACGACGAACAUACCGCAGAGCCCGCAUUCGACGACACCCCUCCCCAGUACCUCGCUCCUGCGGCCCGUCCCUCUCAGCAUGCCAGCGUGUUGGCGACGCCCAAUCCUCCUAGCCGCUCUGCGAGUGGAAUGGCGCCCACUCCCGCUCCACGGUCGGUACUGAAGAGCGCGAGCAUCACGCCCGUCUCGGCCCUCAAGGAUCCUGGUCGUAGUCGCUUCUACACUCCCGCCACGAAACUGGGUCACCGCCGGUCGGUGAGCUUUUCGGACGGAAAGCGCGAGGGGCCUAUCGUUGGCGUAGGGCGAAAUAUUCCCACACCGGACGUGUCUGCAGUGGGCGAUGAUGACAGUCCGCUCGCAUCCGGGUCAAGAGCAGUAGGGGAAGCUAGUGGCAGCGCAGUGUUGGUUCCCUCAGCGAGGUCGAAACGCAUCGCCAACAUGCUCGACGACUUGGGGGAUGACGACUUCGAGGACGACUCGCCCUCGAAAGCUAGCUCCGCCUCCCGACCGCCCACGGCCGAACUCCAGCCUCUACCGCCUCGCCGGCCUAGCACUGGACCGGGGGCGGCGGACUCGCCCAUGCGGUCUGGCCCGCGACGCGUUUCGUCGCGGGUGCCUCCGACUCCGCGGGGCACCAGUGGGAACGCGACGUUCCUGACUGAAUGCAGCUUCGGGGUGGCGCACGACCGGCUGGUGCAAGUGAUCACGGACGUGCAGCCGUUCGAGCCGUACUGGGAGGAGCUCAGCUCGAUCGACCUCUCGCACCGCAACCUGGACAGCACCGCGCGGCUGAAGGAGUUCCUGCCCCGGCUAGACUCGCUGUCGCUGAACUCUAACCAGCUGGCCUGGCUCAGCGGCGUCCCGGGCAGCGUGCGGACACUUUCCGUCGCGUCUAAUCUCCUCACCGGAGUCACGUCCUUCAGCCACCUGCUCAACCUCGAGAACCUCGACAUCAGCCAUAACCAGAUCGAUUCCCUCCGUCAACUAGAGUGUCUCCGCCACCUCAGGGAAUUGCGUGCUGAUGGCAACCGCAUCGACAGCGUGGACGGAUUGCAGAAGAUGGACGGGCUAAUCAAGCUCAGCCUGCAGGCGAAUGAAAUCCGGGAGCUCGACCUGCACGAGUACAAAUGGACUCGGCUAGAGAUGUUGAACCUGAGCCAAAAUCGGAUAAACGACGUCGGCGGGCUGGGAUCAGUCCCGUCACUUGUCGCGCUCAAUCUCGAUAACAACUCUCUGGGCGCACUAGAGCCUGAAGUGGUGAUGUCGCGCCUGCGAAUCUUACGCGUGAGUGGGAAUCGACUGCAGACGCUGAACGCGGCGCCCUUCCCGAACCUUCGUACUCUAUAUGCGGACAACAACUCGCUCGGCACGAUCGUGAAAGCCUACCGGUUAGCGAAGCUGGAGAACCUCAGCCUGCGAAAUCAGAACGGGCGCGGUGGGCUGACGGUCUCGAUUCGGGAUGUGCGCGACGUAAAGCGAUUGUACCUGUCUGGGAAUCCGCUCAAGCCUGGCUUCUUGUCUGAGCCGUGCUACAACCUCGUCUAUCUCGAACUAGCGGCGUGUCGGCUGAUUACGCUCCCCACCGACUUUGCGCGGACGGUGCCCAAUGUGCGCGUCCUGAACCUGAACUACAACUUCCUCGAGGACCCGAGUCCUCUCGAGGGCCUCAUUCGAUUGCGCAAGCUGACGAUCAUCGGUUCGCGGAUCAAGGGCGCGAAGCAGCUCGUGCGGGUCCUUCGGGGCAUGAAGGACAUGGAGAUGAUCGAUUUCAGGCAAGUCUUCCUCGCCUUGAUGAACCCUUGCACCCUUGGCUGGUAUCUACCUCUCCUCGUUAAGGACCUUCCAGGGGCUCUGCAGCCGUCGGAUGGCAAUCGCCCCUCCGAGACUACAGCACUCCCUCCAGCCCCCGGGUCUGGCCAAGGUCCACGAAGAUCCGCACUCCAAGGAUCGGAAAAAGACUUGCCCCACAGCCAACAACAACAAGCCCCGAGCUCAGGCUCGGGUCCAUCUUCACAAUCGCACCCGUCCUCAACCGCCCGGCACGGGUCUUCCUCGACCUCCCCCAGCGCCGUCUCCCUCCCGCCACAAGCCUCCGGCGAGUCGCCCUCGGACGCCGAGCACGACGUCGACCGGCCACACGUCCGCGAGCGCGGCCGCCAAGAGCAGCUCUGGCGCGAGCUGGACGCGAAGUUCCGGCGGGACCUGCCCGACGACGCGUACGUGGGGCGGCUCGCGUACCGCGGGCUCGUCAUGCGCGCGUGCCCGCACAUCCGGCUGCUCGACGGCGUCGAGGUGGAGCGCAAGGAGCGCGACAAGGCCGAGAAGCUGCUCCGGAGCGUGUUCGGCGCCUCGGGCGGAGGGGGCGCGCGCGAAGCCGCGGGCGUGGGUGCGGGCGCGGGUGCAGAGGCGAGCUAGUCUGACUGAUGGGCACCGACGGUCCCCUCCCGCAGGAGUGGUGGCGGGAAGGGGCCGUGUGGUGCCGCCGCAUGCAGGGCGGGGACGGCGGCAUGCUAACUCUACGUUGUCUCGGUGCGAGCCCAUGUUGGCUCUGUGGGCGACGCGGAAGGUGGAGUGUGGGUGGGCCACACGGCGGUGGUUCUCCUCCGCUCCCCUCUGGUCCGGCCGAUUACCACUCCUCAAGAUAGGUUCGACACACCCCGCCAGCCUAAUUGCCACCGCCGAGCAGGGCGGCGACCUGCCUCACGCUGAUACAGGGCGAGGGUGCGUUUCAGACGCCUCGCGCGCCCAGCCUGGUUUCACGAUUUCCGCUCACGAAGAUCUCUCGCACACAUGUACUCUACACAUCUACUACACCAUACGUCGUCGUACCUCUCGGCUCACACCGCGGACUAUAUCCUUACGCAGUGGCAUCUCGUUCUCGCUUUGUGGUCCUGUUGCUCUCAGUUAUUCCGUCCGUCGCAAUUUAGCGCUGUCUUGCUGUGUCCGUGUUAAAUCGAU